CUGCAAAAAGAAGACAAAAAAAGAAGAAGAGAGCCUUGAUCAGAACAACCGUUUCCCGGCACUUGCAGUUGAUCACGUUCCCAGUGUCAAUCUCCGUAAAUAAACCCAAAACCGGUGUCCCUUUAGAUCCCUUCCUUUAUUCAAUUACCAAAACAAAUUUCUUCUUCCUUUUUUUAUUUAUUUUCACCUACAGUUUUUUUUUCGUUAUCUGUGGAUCUCUCUGAGGAAGAACAAAGGAACAAGAAACUGAAGAUAUGGGAAAUGCAAACGGAAGAGAAGACGGAGUGAACGGCGGCGUCGACGAUCUCUCUGGGAGAUCCAACGGCGGCGACCCGGUCGUACGUGGAGCCGUCUCCGCUGCCGGAGCAGCAGUAGCUGUUCGCGUGCCGUCGUCUGAUUCAAUGGCGAAUACUCCGCCGCAGAGCCCUAGCCGGUCUCGAUCCCCUCUUUUAUUCGCUCCUCAGGCUCCUGUAGCUCCCUUACCAAGGGGUGAUGGCCAUUCCUUUUUCAACCAAAUUUGGCGGCAUGAUUCUACUGGGGUUGCUGAUUGUCCAUCUGAGAAAGGAAUCCCUGUCAUCAUUACGUGGAAUUAUGGUGGUAAUGAUGUGGCUGUGGAAGGUUCUUGGGACAAUUGGAGAUCAAGGAAGACACUGCAGAGAGCUGGUAAGGACCACUCAAUUCUUUUGGUCCUUCCAUCUGGCAUAUACCAUUAUAAGUUUAUUAUUGAUGGCGAAUGGAGAUAUACACCAGAUCUGCCUUUUGUAGCUGAUGAAAUGGGCCAUGUUUGUAAUAUUCUUGACGUUCAUGAUUAUGUACCUGAAAAUCUGGAUAGUGUAACUGAGUUUGAGACCCCAGGAUCUCCAAAUUCCAGUUAUGGUCAGGCAUUUCCAACAGAAGAAGAUUUUGCAAAGGAGCCUGUUUUGGUUCCAUCCCAGCUACAUCUAACUGUCCUUGGUACAGAUACCCAAGAUGGAGCAUCAUCCUCGAAGCCUCAACAUGUUGUACUUAACCACCUUUUCAUAGAGAAAGGAUGGGCAUCGCAAUCUGUUGUUGCCCUGGGAUUGACCCAUAGGUUUGAGUCCAAAUACGUGACUGUUGUACUCUAUAAGCCAUUGAAAAGGUAACAUGUGCUUUUCCCAUGCUUCACUUUGUAAAGAAAUGAAAGUAACUUUCACAUUUGUUUGUGAAGGUACCUCUGUUCUAUAGAUCUGCUUUGACACUUUAACAUGCUCUUUGUUUGUUCUGUUGUACUUUAAUGUUUGUUUACUAUCAAAUGUUUGCAUACAGAAAUUUUUGCCA